AUGAAGCUGUUAGUUGCUAUCGCCUUCUUCGCCGCUGUUGCCUACGCCGCUCCCCCUCUUCAACCCGAGGGCUCCGUUCUCGUCAAGGAGGUACCCUCCAACAAUAUCGGCCUGGGUGGCUAUAAUUAUGCCUAUGAACUUUCUGACGGACAAACCAGAGAGGAGAACGCUGAACUGGUGAACCCGGGAACCGAGAACGAGGCACUCGCUGUCCGCGGUAGCUUCUCAUGGGUGGACCCACAGACCAACGUCAGAUACUCUGUCAACUAUGUUGCUGACGAGAACGGUUUCCACCCACAAGGCGAACACAUCCCUGCUUGA